ACUGGUCAAAUUCCUGAUGAGAUAGGCAACUGUGUUUCUCUGAUGCUAGUGUAAAAUUUCAUCUUCUUUCUUCAUUACAAUUUUAUUUACAUAUAUGUGGAUAUAUUAAUUUCUUCUUCUGUCUUUAGGUGAUUAAGAUUUUUAGUUUUUAUGUUAAUGGUUGGGUUUCCAUAAUGCAGGGAUUUAUCUGAUAAUUUACUGUAUGAAGAUAUACCAUUCUCAAUAUCCAAGCUUAAGCAGCUUGAGUUAUUGAAUUUGAAGAACAAUCAAUUGACUGGUCCUAUCCCUUCAACAUUAACACAGAUUCCCAACCUCAAAACUCUGGACCUUGCUCGUAACCAGCUUAUUGGUGAGAUACCGAGGUUAAUCUAUUGGAAUGAAGUAUUACAAUAUCUACAAGUGCUUCCUUAAAAUUCACUGUUUUGAACCCCGAAGGACGCAUUUGGACCAUGGUAGCUGGUGGUGGUGCAAGUGUUAUUUAUGCUGAUACUGUUGGAGACUUGGGUUAUGCAUCAGAACUUGGGAAUUAUGCAGAGUAUAGUGGUGCUCCUAAUGAGGAAGAGGUGUUGCAAUAUGCUAGGGUUGUCAUU